AUGAUUGAGAAAGGAGUUGCCCCCGAUGUCAUCACUUACAAUUGUUUGGUCCAGGGUCUGUGCAAUUUAAGUAAAUGGAAGGACGUUGAAAAUCUCUUUACUGAGAUGAAGGCUUAUAAUAUUGUUCCUGAUGUUAUUACUUUUAAUAUUCUGAUUGAUGCACCAUGUAAGGAAGGACAGUUAGCUGUCGCAGAGCAGGUUUUAACUGCCAUGAUUCAGCAAAAUCAGAAUCCUACUGCAGUCACUGAUAGGUGUAUGCCUCGGUCCUCUCGUACAGGUGAUUUGAUUUUUGACCCUGAAAUAGAGAAGAUCGCGCGUAGAACGAGAAAGGAAACCAGACAGCUCAGAGAGGAGCACUCCAGUGCUACAUCUCAGAGACCUGAGUCAGGAGUUGAACCAACAGAUUCAUUUGGUGACACUUCGAGUUACUCGGAGCAAGAGGAAAUUCCCAUGGCUAAUGCACGAACAUUAAGGGAGUUGGCUGCCCCUAAUUUAAAUCAGCAGCCUUUGUGCAUUACUUUCCCGAGUUUGAGUGAAAACACUUCAUUUGAGUUAAAAUCUGGUCUGAUUUCUCUUUUACCCUCUUUUCAUGGUUUACCAGGUGAGGAGCCGUAUAAGCAUCUGCAGGAGUUCGAUGUCGUGUGCAACAGUAUGAAGCCCUCGGGCAUUACAGAAGAGCAGAUAAAAAUGAAGGCAUUUCCCUUCUCCUUGAAAGACUCUGCGAAGGACUGGCUGUACUACCUGUCACCAGGUAGCAUCACCACGUGGGACCAAUUGAAGAAAAUUUUUUUGGAUAAGUACUUUCCUGCGUCCAGGGCCUCAAGUCUAAGAAAAGAAAUUUGUGGGAUCAAGCAGCGUCCAGGGGAGUCGCUCUAUGAGUAUUGGGAACGGUUCAACUUCUUGUUGCACAAGUGUCCCCAGCACCAGAUAAGUGAGCAGUUGCUCAUUCAGUAUUUUUAUGAGGGACUCCUUUUCGGCGACAGGAGCAUAAUUGAUGCUGCAAGUGGAGGUGCACUGGUGAACAAAACCCCUCAAGAAGCACGGGAAUUGAUUGAGAGGAUGGCAGAGAAUUCACAACAAUUCGGUACGAGAGAGGAUUGUCCAAUACGCAGGGUGAAUGAGGUAGAGACACCCUCUAUGCAGCAGCAGCUAGCUGAGUUGACCGCGUUUGUUAGACAACAGGCUGUGAGAAAUGCAUCACAAGCCAGGGUGAACGUGGCUGACCACGCGCCCGCGCCAAGGAAGCAGUACGACCCUUACUCAAGCACCUACAACCCCGGGUGGAGAGAUCAUCCCAACCUCAGUUAUGGAGGGAAUAGGCAACCCAACUUUACACCGAACAGGCAGUCUAACUUUGUGCCAAAUAAGCCACCAGGGUACCAGCAGCAAUAUCAAGCCCGACCACCUCCGCCCCCAAGUUCUGGUCCAUCUUGGAAGGAGAUGAUGAAACAAAUGAUGACAACCAUUACGCAAAAUCAGCAGAGGACGGAGGCAGUCAUUAUGCAAAAUCAGCAAAAGACAGACUCCGAAAUGCAGGACAUAAGGAAUCAGAUGAGUCAAAUGGCCACAACAAUCAACCGUUUGGAUUCCCAAAACCAAGGGAAGCUGCCAUCUCAACCUGAGUUGAACCCGAAGAAUGUGAGCGCCAUGACCCUGAGGAGCGGAAAGGAAAUUCAGGGGUCUGAACCUGUGAUCCCUAAGGACAAGGAUGAGGAAAAGAUCGAGGCUGAGCUUGAGAGGGAGGUCAGCAAUGGUGCAGACUCGAAGGUACUUCCUGACCCAAUAAUUACAGCUAAAACUAACCCGCCCCCUUUUCCUAACAGGUUGGAAAAAUCGAAGAAGCAGGAUAAGGAAAAGGAGAUUUUGGAGGUUUUUCGCAAGGUUGAGAUCAAUAUCCCCCUCUUAGACGCCAUCAAACAAGUACCAAAAUAUGUCAAGUUCCUAAGGGACUUGUGUGUCAACCGAAGGCGAUUGAAGGGGGAUGAAAGGAUUAUUGUUGGGGAAAAUGUGUCUGCGGUCCUGUAG